UGAUAUUACUCUAUGGCCCAUCCAUCCACAAUUCCACUAUCACGGAAUAACUCAAUGGCUGAAUGAUCAUCACGUGUCUCUUAUUCUCUUGCGUAGAGUAGAAUACUUACUACCUUUAGUAAUAGAAGAAUACAGAUUGUCCUGUGAAGAAAAAAAGAUUUCAAUAUGGUUAGCUCACUAGCCAAAAAUGAAGAUGCAGAUGAAGACAUGGAUGAUGUUUCAUAUGAGAAGCAUAGAAAAUUGUUACAGACAAUUACAUCAAAGACUAAACGAAAAAUCCAGCCAACUACUCGAAAUGAACCAAGUUUACAAGUUUCUGAAUUUCAUUUGUCAAGUGGACAACAAACAACAAAUGUUGAUGAUUUAACAAAUGCAUUAAAAAAAAAAGCACCACAAAUAAGACAAAAAAUUCAAGUUGCUAAAUCAACAAAAAAACUAUUGCAGAAACCAUUGGAUAAAGUUCACGCUGAUAAAAUAAAAAGAGCAGUUGCUUAUGAUAAUUUCAAAAAACACAUAAGCAGAUGGUCUGCUGUUGUUGAAAAAAAUAAGUCUGCAGAUCAGUUAAGAUUUCCUUUAAGAAGUAGCGAAGUUGAAGUUUUUGAUAAUCGUAUGGUUGAUUUUACCCAUGGUUUUUCUCACCCUACAGAAUUACAAAAAAAAAUCUCCGCUGUAUUACAAUCUAGUAAAAUUGUUCAACAAAAACAAAAAGAUUUAAAAAUGUCUUGGAUAGAAAAAGAAAAAGAAAAGUAUCCAUUGACACUAAAAGAGUUAUUAGAAAAACGUAAAAGUAUGGCUAAUUUUCGGGCUAAAGAAUCAUAUAGACAUGCUAAAGCUCAUAGACAAAAUAAAAUUAAAAGCAAAAAAUAUCAUAGAUUAUUAAGAAAGGAAAAGACAAAAGAGCAAAUCAAAGAAUUUGAAAAAUUACAAGAUACAGAUCCGGUUGCUGCAUUAGAAAAACUAAAUGUUAUUGAAAAGACAAGAGCUGAAGAACGUGCUAGCUUAAGACAUAAAUCUACUGGACAGUGGGCACGGAACCAUGUUGUACGGGCCAAAUAUGAUAAAGAUAGCCGGAUAGCUUUGGCAGAACAGUUACGAAAAAGUAAAGAGUUAACUCAAAAAGUACAACCAUCAUUGAACGAAACAAAUGAUUCUGAUAGUUCUGAUGAAGAACAAAUUGAAAUUUCUGAACAAGUGGUUGAUCCUGAUAAUCCUUGGCUUGCCGAACGAAAGGAAUUCAAAGAUUUUAUGGUUGGUUAUAACAAUUUUGUUCAAAAUAAUUGUGAAACAAAAGACAUCCAUGAUCAAUAUAUAAACAAUAAAUUAAAUUACAAAAAUAACAAAAAUGAAGAAACUAAAUCUGAAUCUGAAUCUAAAGAAAGUAAUGUAAAUGAGGUAAAACAUGAUAAAAUAGCAAUACCUAUAGAUAAAACUAAAAAGAAGAAGAAAAAUAAGGUUAAAAAUAUUACAGUUCAAGAUCUUUCUAUAUUCGACGAGGAGGAGAGUUUUGUUGAAGUUCUAAAAAUUGUUUCUCCUAAAAAAAAGAAAGUUCAUUUUUCCAAUGAUACUAUUAAGUCAGAAACUAAAAUUAAUGAAAUUGAUACAAAUAUUAAAAUUAACUCUACGGCUUUGUGCAAUAAGAAAAAUAAUAAUAUUAAUGUAAUCAAUACAGUUGCUGGAACUUGGUAUGUAUCGUCAGAUAAUAUUAAUGAUAAUAUUUUAAACAAAAAAAAAGUACACAAAGAUGUUGAAAACGCAUUUAAAACUGUUGAAACUGAAUUAAAAAAUAAAAUUAAUGAGAAAUUGUUUAAUCUCAACAAAACUAAAGUUAAACAACCUUUCAAAACAGAUAUUGCUAAACGUAGAAAUGAAGAAUUAAAGAGUGAUUAUUUAAAAAUGAAUAAUAAACGUAUUAAAGCUGAAUUUAAUGAACCUUUAUAUGAAAAUAAUAGAACAUUAGAUACAAAUAAUACAAGCAAUAUUGAAAACAACCUAGGAUCUGCUAUUAAAAUCGUUGAAAAACCUACAAAACAAGUACAAAAUAUAGAUCCUACAGAGUUUUUACAAGUGACUCAAAUAAGUUUGGAAACCGAAGAAAUGGCUCAGGUAGAAGAUCGUUUAGAUGAUAAAGAAGAAAAUGAACAAGAAAAGUUGAUUGCAGAAGCUUUUGCUGAUGAUGAUAUCAUUAAUGAGUUCAAGGAGGAAAAGAAAAAGCUGGAAGAGCAAUCAAAGCCAAAAAUAGAAUCAGCACUUCCCGGUUGGGGCAGUUGGGCUGGCCCUAACAUCAGGAAACGAACAUUUAAGAAAAGAACUAACAUGGGGAUGUUCAGAACUCCAGCUAAACCACCACGAAAAGACUUCAACCGAGAAAAAGUUAUUAUUCACGAGAGUGCCGAUGAUUCUAUUAAAUCACAUUUAGUUUCUGAAUUGCCAUAUCCAUUUAAAGGUAUUGAAGAAUAUGAAGAUACAAUCAAAGCACCUGUAGGACGAACAUGGGUACCCGAGACAGUUUUUCAAAAACUUACUGCUCCCCCAGUUGUUACUCAAAUGGGUCAAAUUAUUGAUCCAAUUGAUGAAAAUUCUGUUGUCAAAAUUAAAUUAAAUGAUUAAUAUUUAUUUUGAAAAUCUUAUUUUUAUUUAAUAUAAUAUAAUAUACUUAUAUAUAAUUUAAUAUAA